GGACCAUUACAGCCAGUUUAAAAAACUGUGAAUCCCAAAGCCUCCGCGUCGUAGGGCUAUGGAACCCUAAAUCAGCUGUGGCACUCUCCAGUCACCACAACCUUCUACAGAUUACAGAUUGGUACAAACCAUAUGCAAAGCAAUGGCACAGUCUCUUUUUCUGUCGACUGAUAUAAGCACAAACAUUUACAUCAGAGGCAAGGAGCAAUGGCUUGGGCAUUCUGCUCCAAAGAUAAAGCCAAUGCAUUUGAAGCUUCAAUCCAGCUUUAAGGGAGCAAGAGCAGCCUAUAGUGCUAAUUUUAAUUCGAUUGAAAUCCCUCAUCAGUGGUACAACCUAAUUGCAGAUCUUCCUGUAAAACCUCCUCCGCAGUUGCAUCCUAAGACUUUUGAACCAGUCAAACCUGAGGAUUUGUCUCCUCUCUUCCCUGACGAGUUAAUUAAGCAGGAGGCAAGCAACGAACGAUUCAUUGAUAUCCCAGAAGAGGUUCGUGAUAUUUACAAGCUUUGGCGUCCAACCCCUCUAAUCAGAGCCAAGAGGUUGGAGAAGUUGCUUGAUACACCUGCCAGGAUUUAUUACAAGUACGAAGGUGUAAGCCCGGCUGGUUCACACAAACCCAACACUGCAGUCCCACAAGUCUGGUACAAUGCACAGGAAGGAGUCAAGAAUGUUGUGACUGAGACCGGUGCUGGCCAAUGGGGGAGUUCACUGGCCUUUGCGUGCAGCUUAUUCGGUCUUAACUGUGAAGUUUGGCAAGUUCGUGCAUCUUAUGAUCAGAAGCCGUAUCGUAAACUGAUGAUGCAAACUUGGGGUGCCAAAGUGCACCCUUCUCCUUCUGAUAUUACUGAAGCUGGUCGGAGAAUCCUUCAAAUGGAUCCAUCAAGCCCGGGUAGUUUAGGAAUUGCUAUUUCAGAGGCAGUGGAGGUUGCAGCUACAAAUGCUGAUACCAAGUACUGUCUGGGGAGUGUUCUCAACCAUGUUCUGCUGCAUCAGACUGUUAUAGGAGAGGAGUGUUUAAAGCAGAUGAAGGUUUUAGGCGAGACCCCAGAUGUGAUUAUCGGGUGCACAGGUGGUGGGUCAAAUUUUGCAGGGCUUAGUUUUCCGUUUAUUCGAGAGAAGCUCAGUGGAAAAAUUAACCCUCUCAUAAGAGCGGUUGAACCUACUGCGUGCCCUUCCUUAACAAAAGGUGUCUAUGCAUAUGAUUUUGGUGAUACAGCAGGGUUGACUCCACUAAUGAAGAUGCAUACACUUGGUCAUGACUUCAUACCAGAUCCUAUUCAUGCUGGAGGUUUGCGUUACCAUGGUAUGGCACCAUUGAUUUCACAUGUCUAUGAAUUGGGUUUCAUGGAAGCACUUUCUAUUCCUCAGACUGAAUGCUUCCAAGGUGCCAUUCAAUUUGCUAGGUCUGAAGGGUUGAUACCAGCACCAGAACCGACUCAUGCCAUAGCUGCCACCAUCAGGGAAGCUCUGCAUUGUAGAGAGACUGGAGAAUCAAAGGUUAUUCUCAUGGCAAUGUGCGGACACGGACAUUUUGACCUGCCAGCUUAUGAGAAGUAUUUGCAAGGAAAUAUGGUUGACUUGUCAUUUGCAGAGGAGAACUUACAAGCAUCACUGGCCAAUAUUCCUCAGCUGGUGCCCUAAGGUGAAGCCGAUUGAGCAAGGUGCAGGUUCUUUAGAAAAAGUCAAUACUUCUGCUUUAUAAGGUUUAAUGUAUUCUUCUAAUCACUAGUAAAAUGUUCAAAUAUGUUUUUAUUGAUCUACUGUAACCAAGGAAAGGAGGUAGGUUCAUUAUUCUC